AUGCCGCGACUGCUCCAACGCACCCGCCGGCCGGAGGCGGGGGCGGGACACUCGACCACUGAUGAUGCCCCUCUAGAGCUGCCACCCUACGAGCCCCCGUCGCACCCGAUGGACGAUAAGCUGAAACAGAAACUGGCGUCAAUGUACAGCAGCCGGGAGACCGACAGCUCCCGGCGCCAGUACGAGAAGCAUCUGUCCAAGUCGAACGCCUUACUGUUCGAAAGUGUCGGCAGCAUCAACGAGAUAUUGUUCAGGCGGAGACAAACCCUGGCGAGAAAGGCCGCAAAGCGCAAGGACAAUGAAGACAAGGACGAGUCCGAGCGGACGCUCGAGGAAUAUGUGGCGCAGCUGGACGCAAUAAUCACCGAAUUAACCGAUUCUUCUGAGGCGGCGUUGCGCUCGGUCAUUGAUUACCGUGCCGAGCUUGAGGACCAGCAGGUGGUCCUGGACAAGGUGGUGGAGGGCUUGGAUGCACAGCAGCCGCGUCCGGAGCCUGAAGCAGCCAAGCCGAGACCCAAGAGGGCAGGGAAGCGGCGCGUGGCUGGCAGCGACGGGGAGGACGACGAGGAAGGAUCCGACGCCGAGGCGGCGGAAGAAGAGGAUGAGGCGAUGGAGGCCGAAGAGGAAAGGAAACCAGAUGUCGCCCCUCUAGUCGGCGUGAAGGAAUUGCUCGAAGCUGCCCGCCAAGCCAAGAUGGACGAGUAUGAGGCAUUGAGCGCUUACCAGAGAUAUGCCGUCAACAACGACUACAUUGCUUUCAAAAACAACUGGCACAGUGCCUUGCACCAAGACAACGGAAAGGUGCUCCCUGAUGCAUCCAAGUGGUUCGGGAAAGAUGGCCGGCCGAGGAUGACUGUGGAAGAUGCCGCCGACGAGGACGACGAGCUUGUGGUAGAGCGUGAGAUCCUCGAUCUGAAGUGUCCGCUCUCAUUGCAACGCUUCAAGGAGCCAUACAGCAACCACCAGUGCAAGCAUACCUUUGAGAAGGACGCCAUUAUGCAGUUUAUCCGCGACAACGGCGGCACAGCGAAAUGCCCCGUGUGUUCUAAGGAUCUGCGUCUCAAGGAUCUGUAUCUCGACGAGGUCAUCCUACGGAAAGUGAGGAGGGCAGAGGAAGCUGCCAGGAGAGGACUAGACGACACGUCGGAUAUUGAACCGGAAGAAGACGGCGACUCUAGUCUGGUCGUCGGGAAAUCUGCCAACGUCGGGAAAUCCUCGAAGGUCAAGAAUGAGAAAGAUCGAAUCCGCCGCGGGAUGGAGGAUAUCGACGAAGACGAAGAUUGA